AUGGGUCUUUUCUCGCAUCAUCACCACCACCACAAUCAACCUGAAGGUGGCCCUCCUCCCGGCAACCACCAGGGAGGCCCCGGCGGUCCUGGUGGUCCUGGAGGAUUUGGAGGCGCUGGCGGCCCUGGUGGCUUUGGGGGCCCUGGCGGUCCUCAUGGCGGACCCCAUGGCGGACCCCAUGGCGGCCCUCACGGAGGCCCCGGCGGCCCUGGUGGUCCUGGUGGAUUUGGAGGCCCUCCUCAUGGCGGUCCUCAUGGCGGCCCUCAUGGUGGUCCCGGCGGCCCUGGUGGCCCUGGUGGCUUUGGAGGACCUGGUGGCUUUGGACGACCUGGUGGCUUUGGACGACCUGGUGGCUUUGGAGGACCUGGUCACCACGGCGGGCCUGGAGGUGGCCCUCACGGUGGCCCUGGUGGCGGCCCUGGCGGCCCCGGUGGACGCGGCGGCUGGUAA